UCCUCCUUCUCCGGCCUCCCUUGACUGACGGGUCUUAACCGUGUAGGCUGGUGUGGCGUCCUGAGAAGUAACCGAAAUAUAAAACGUGUUCGCGUGGCGCGCCUGUACUUCGCGCGAACCACUUUGAAAUUUCCCUGAUGACCCGAGCCGUGGACGUAUUUAUAAACGUGGUUUUGCUAAAUAUGGUCUUUUUUUUAGCAAUCGUGCGCAAGGAAGCUGAAGCGCGCUCUCGACGUGUUUCGCGGUGACCUAGCAGCUUUCGCACGGGUGACACCUUCCAGUCGUGCGACGAUAUCUGGUCCUUCAAGCGAUUGGCUGUGCUAGACUGAUCUCGGCAGGUUAAUUCCCAAUGAUUGUUCCAUGGACGUUGAAGGUCCUUUAUUUUUCACCGUUUUUUUAAACCGAGUAUACAAAGAGUUAAGUGUCGGUCACUGUUGUUUGCUUUGAACAAUAAAGCUGAAAGAUAAAAAAAAAAACAAAGAGAAGAGCACGCGGACUGAGAAGCGACAACAGCCAUUUCCACUCUGCUUCAACUACAGGCUGCUGAUUCCGCAGUGGCUUCAAUCAUGCACUGCCAAUGAGCCGCAGAGAGGCAUGCUGCUUGCCAGAGUUCGAAUGGGUGCCAGGGAUUUAGCCGCUUUGUUAUGAAAAAAAGCAUCAGGAAGAAGUGAUCAUCCCCCAUCAUGCAGUCUGCUGGAAACAUAGACCAGACAUUCAGCUUCAGCACACUGAAGAAGCUUGCUGCUGAACCUGACCACACAGAUGUCACUUUAACUCCUGAAGAAAGAGUGCGAGCAUUAAGCAAGCUGGGCUGCAACAUUGAAAUCAAUGAAGAUAUCACUCCUAGGCGCUACUUCCGCUCAGGACUGGAGAUGGAGCGCAUGGCUGCUGUGUACUUGAAGGAAAAUAACCUUGAAAAUGCCUUUGUGCUUUAUAAUAAAUUUAUAACUUUAUUUGUAGAAAAACUUCCAAGUCACCGGGACUACCAUCAAUGUACAGUUCCAGAAAAACAAGACACAAUGAAGAAAUUGCAAGACAUAGCUUUUCCCAAAACCGAUGAACUGAAAAAACUUCUACUGGAGAAGUAUAGCAAAGAGUAUGCAGAAAAUAAAGGAAACCAAAGCAGAACUAUAAAUGAAUGCACCAAAAUUUUGGAAAAUUGCCAUCUGAUUGAGGAGGAGAAGCAGCGUGUUGCUCAAAUGCGAAAACUACAGAUUGAAUCUGAACAGUUUCGUUUCUUUGAGGAACAGCUGCGCAGGCAAGAAGAAGCAAGCAAAAAAAAUGAGGCUACCAUGAAGGUUUUUGAGCAAACGGAUGGAGGUAGUCUUUCCUGCAUAUCCUCUCCUAAUAAAAAUAAUUACAAGGGAAAACGUCAUCCAGAUAUAAACUCCAUCAUCCAGUCUCCUCCUGUUAACAGAGCACUCAAACCAGCAGCAACACUCAGUGCUAUACAAAAUCAAAAGGUGCUUGGGCUGAGAAAUAUUGGGAUUCCUAAAGACCUCUCCCAUAAUUUUUUGGUCCUUGCAGACCACAAUACUGCUAGAGGAAUAGAAACUUGUGGAAUUCUUUGUGGAAAGCUGACUCGCAAUGAAUUUGUGAUUACUCAUGUAGUUGUUCCAAAGCAAUCUGCUGGCCCAGAUCACUGUGAUGUGGAGAAUGUAGAGGAGCUUUUUAGCUUCCAGGACCAGCACGAUCUCCUGACUCUUGGAUGGAUUCAUACACACCCAACCCAGACUGCCUUUCUUUCUAGUGUGGAUCUUCAUACUCAUUGCUCAUAUCAACUAAUGCUGCCAGAGGCCAUUGCAGUUGUUUGCUCUCCAAAACACAAUGAUACCAAAGUCUUCAGACUAACUGAUGCUGGGAUGUCUGAAAUAUCUGCCUGUAGAAAUAAAGGAUUUCAUCCUCAUUCCAAGGAUAUUGCAUUAUAUGAAGUCUGUAAACACACUGUUCUGAAAGAAAUUAAAUCAAUAGUUCUGGACCUAAGGUGACAGUUAAAGAAGAGUGCUGCAAAAUCAAGAAAUGUCAAUGUGAAGAAAUGCUCCCUCAAUAAUACUGAAAACUUAUGAAUAAAGCCUUUAUAUUUACAAUAUACAUAUAUAUAUAUUUUAGUUUAAUAUUUUUAUAAAUAGUUCAUCUAUUUUUAUUAUUUUUUUACUGUUUUGCGUUGCUAAUGUGGCAGUUUGCUAAUGUGAUAAUAUUUUGCUAAGGCCAUAUGAAUGCUAAUUUUUGAGACUGAUAUGAACUUUAAAUUUGAAGUCUACAAUACAAAUAGAAUAUCAUUUUUAAUUCUAAAGGUUUGCGUCCUGAAAUUACUUUCAUAUUAUUCAGCAGAACCUGCAGUUUUCCUUAACAUAUUAAUUUACAUUUCAAGUAUUUAUAAUAUUUAUUAAGCUUUUAGUGCCAUGAAAAUGAAAAUUUCCUUGUACAUUUUUAUUUAUUAUGUAUAACUUGGAAUUACAUGUUUGCAAAUAAUAGUUUUUGACUUCACUAGUAUUGGGUCAUUCAGUCUGUGUUUUGAUUUAGUAGGUAUAGAUCAUUCAAAUUGGACAGAUUCAUAUCUUGAUUGUUUCAUGUUCUUGCAUGAUGAUACCAUUUUUCUUAUGAACAGAGCUUAUUGAAUGAACAUCUGUGCUUGUGUGCAGUUUUUAAUGAAAGAUAAAAAUAUGAAGCACAAUACUUGAUUUGAGUGUUUCCAUAAAUAGAACUUCUUUGUAAUUUUUGGCGUUACAGAUUUUUUUUUUAAUUAGGAAAAUGCUUUGUGUUAUUCUUUGGUUUUCUGAAAUGGACCAUUGGAUGGAAGAAUAUAUUUUCAAACAUAAUGCUCUUAAAUUGAUUUAAACACAAAUAAUACAAAAUAAUUGUACAAUUACAUUUUUUAUUUUUUUUUUAUUUUAUGAACUGAAUUUAUAUUUGCUUAGCUAGUGUUUUCAAGCCCAAAUGUUGUUGAAAUAAACAAAUACAAAACAGGAGCAAAAA